AUGUUUGGAGAGAGGCCAUCUCAAAUGUCCCGGGACACGUGGCGGGCCACGCCUGCUCGUCCCAGGACACUUGGUGGGCCUUGCCCCCCGUCCCGGGACACGUCGCGGGCCAUGCCCGUCCGUCCCGAGACACGUGGCCAGCCCUCCGUCCUGUCCCCGGACAUGUGGCGGGCUCUGCCCGCUUUUCCUGGUACACGUGGCAGGCCUUGCCCGCCCGCCUGCCCCGGGACGUGUGAUGGGUCUCACCCGCCCGUCCCAGGACGUGUGGUGGGCCCCGCCCGCCCGUCCUGGGAUGCGUGGUGGGCCAUGCCCGCCCGUCCCGGGACGCGUGGCAGGCCCUACCUGCCCGUCCCGGGACGCGUGGCAGGCCCUGCCUGCCCGUCCCGGACGCGUGGUGGGCACCGCCCAUCCCGAACGCUUGGUGGGCACCGCCCAUAUCGGACGCAUGGUGGGCACCGCCCACCAGUCCUGGGACGCGUGGCAGGAGGCCCGCCUGUCCCGUCAUAG